ACAAAUUUUUUGUCCAGAUUGAUUUACGACAGCUAAUAUGAAUUUAAAGUUUAAUCUCAACAUUUGAAAUACAGUGGUACCUCAAAUUAUAGAAUAUUUUGUGCAUCCAAGAGAGCAGGUGGAAAGGUAGUAAAGCGAUAAGUUUAGGAACAGGGUUUAAAUGAUUUUACCAUGGAGUAGAUGGGAAGAGAGAUGGAGAACGGAUUAUUUUAAAGGAAGGAAGCAGAGCUGGAAGUGGCACAAAUGAAGAUUUUGAGGUUCUCACUGGAGGGCUUGGAGAUGAGGCUCAAGAGAGCAGAUGUUGAUGGUUUGGAAAUGUCCAGAGGCGAGAGAGCGAGUAUAUUGAUAGAAGUUUGCUGAUGAUGGAGGUGCCAGGCAAAAGAUCGAGAGGAAGCCCAAAGAGAAGGUGAAUGGAUGUUGUGAGUGAAGACAUGAGGGCAGUUGGUGUUAGAGAGGAAGAUGCAGGAGAUAGGCUUACAUGGAAAAAGAUGAGACGCUCUGGCGGACCAAAACAUCCAACUUUGGCUGUCCCUCUAAUGAGCUAAUUUCAAAUACUAUCUGACCUGCAUACUCCGAGAGAGAACCUCAAGAUCUUCUUUUCUGCUACCUCUAGCUCUGCUUCAUGUUGUCUCAUCAGUGGCACUCUCUCUAAUCCGUACAUUAUGGCCGGCCUCACCACUGUUUUAUAAACUUUGCCUUAGCAGACUGUUCUGUCACAUAACACUUCCUUACCACACUCACCAAUGGUUUGGAUUGUUGACCCCAAAUAUUUGAAGUCAUCCACCCUCACUAUCUCUUCUCCCUGUAGCCUCACUCUUCCCCCUCCACCCCUCUCAUUCACACACAUAUAUUCUGUUUUAUUUCGGCUAAUCUUGAUUUCUUUCCUUUCUGGUGAAUGCCUUUAUCUUUCUAAUUGUUCCUCCAACUGAUCCUUGCUUUCACUGCAUAGGACAAUGUCAUCUGCGAAGAUCGUGAUCCAAGGGUAUUCCAGUCUAACUUCAUCUGUCAGCUUAUCCAUUAGCACAGCAAAGAGGAAGGGGCUCAGAGCUUAACCCUGAUGCAGUCUCGACCUCCACUUUAAAUUCUUCUGUCACACCUACAGCACACCUCACCACUGUUCUGCUGCCCUCAUACAUGUCCUGCACUAUUCCGACAUCUUUCUCCGUCACACCAGACUUAGCCAUGCAGUACCACAGUUCCUCUCUUGGUAUUCUGUCAUGGGCUUUCUCUCGCUCCAACAAAAAAAAACAAUGUAGCUCCUUCUGACCUCUGUAUUUUUCCACGAGCAUUCUCACGGCAAAUAUGCAUCUGUGGUACUCUUUCUCGGUGUGAAACCAUACUGUUGCUCGCAGAUACUUCUAUCCUGAGUCUAGCCUCCACGACUCUUUCCCAUAACUUCAUUGUGUGGCUCAUCAACUUUAUUCCUCUAUAGUUCCCACAGCUCUGAACAUCCCCUUUGUUCUUAAAAAUGGGAACUAGAACACUUUUCCUCCAUUCUUCAGGCAUCUUUUCGCCCGCUAGUAUUCUGUUGAAUAAGUUGGUCAAAGAUUCCACAGCCACCUCUCCAAAUUGUUUCAAUACUUCCACAGGUAUGUCAUCAGGACCAACUGCCUUUUUCAUCCUAUUUACUGCCUUUCUAACUUCCCCCUUCCUAAUCAUUGCCACUUCCUGGUCCUUCACACUUGCCUCUUCUCCUCUUCCAACUUCUCAAAGUAUUUUUUCCAUCUAUUCAGCACACGAAUGGCACCAGUCAACACAUUUCCAUCGCUAUCCUUGAUCACCCUGACCUGAUGCACAUCCUUCCCAUCUCUAUCCUUGUGUCUGGCCAAACUUUUCUCCUUCUUUUGUGUCCAACCUGGUUUAGAUGUCGUCAUAUGCCUCUUGUUUAGCCUUCACCAUCUCUCCCUUUGCCCUACGUUGCAUCUUAAUGUAUUACCUUUGCCUCUCCUGAGUCCUCUGUCGCACUUCUUGUUCGCUAAUCUCUUUCCUUGUAUUACUUCCUGUAUUUUGGGGUUCCACCACCAAGUCUCUUCCCCUCUCCUACCGGAAGACACAUAAGUACUCCCCUGCCUGUCUCUUUGAUCACCUUGACUGUCGUUGUCCAGUCUGCCGGGAGCUCCUCCUGUUCAUCGAGAGCCUGUCUCACCUCUUUCCGAAAGGCCGCACAACAUUGCUCUUUUCUCAGAUUCCAGCACAUGGUUCUCUGCUCUACAUUUGUCUUCUUAAUAUUCCUACCCACACCAGCGUUAUCCGACACACCACCAUCCUAUGCUGUCGAGCUACACUCUCCCCUACCACUACCUUUCCAGUCAGUAACCUCCUUCAGAUUACAUCAAAAUAUAAUCCAUCUCUGUGCUUCUACCUCCACUCUUGUAGGUCACUCUACGUUCCUGCCUCUUCUGGGAAAAAAACAUGUUCACUACUGCCAUUUCCAUCCUUCUUGGAAAGUCCACCACCAUCUGUCCAUCAAAGUUCCUUUCCUGGAUGCUGUACUUACCCAUCAGUUCUUCAUCGCUCCUGUUUUCUUCAACAUGUCGAUUACAAUCUGCAGCAAUCACAAUUCUCUGUCUGGGAUGCUCCGAACUACUUCAUCUUGUUUUUUCCAGAAUUUCUCUUUCAACUCUAGGUAGAAUCCUACCUACCCUAUAUAGCCGCUAAUCACAUUAUACACAACACCCUCAAUUUCAAAUUUCAGCCCCAUCACUCGAUCUGAUAAUCUUUUCACCUUCAAUACAUUCUUAGUCAGCUCUUCCUUAAUAACCCCUACUCCAUUUCUCUUCCAGCCAUUGCAUCCACUCCAUGGUACAAUUAUUCAAACCCUGCUCCUAAACAUGUAGCCUUACUACUGUUCCACCUGGUAACCUGGAUGCACAAUAUAUCAACCUUUCUCGUAAUUGUCAUGUCAACCAACUCCUGACCUUUUCCUGUCAUAGUCCCAACAUUUGAAGUUCUAACACUCAGUUGUAGGAUCUGUGCAUUACUCUUCUCCUGCUGACAAAUCUGCUUUCCUCUUCUUUGUUUUUAACGGCAGCUGAAUUUCAACCUCCAGGUUAACGGUGCCAGAGGCGGGCGUUGUCAACCCAGGCCACUGGGACCCUCGGGGUUAGGUGGAGCCUCUGCCACAGAGAGACACACUCAUCUGAAAAACGACUCAUUUCGGGGGUGGAGCCUUGCACACACUACAGGUGGACCUGCUAUUGUGCGACUGGAUUAGCCUGGAGUCUUUCAUAUUCACGCCCAAGAAAAACCAAUUCGUUUCGAGAAUUCCCCGUUGAGCAGUCUGUCAUAUGCAGUGAACAUUUCACCCAGGACUCUUUUACUGGUGGACUCCUGUCUGAGUUUUGAAUGUAAAAAAAUAAAACAAAACGAUUAAAACCUGGAUCGGUGCCUACCAAAAAGCCAGUUCCAACACCUGAACAGAUCGCUGUUGGUAAUGGCACAAAAUGCGAACUUGGAUCGGCCGCUGAACCCAGACACGCUUCAACAAGCUCAGUACCAAAACUGCGAAGAGCUUUUGUUAAAGGCAAAGUUCCGGAUAUGUGUAUUUUAUUUUCCUGAAAACUUUAACACUGUUUACAUGGUUGAAUGAUAGAAGCACGUUGUUCUUAGCGAAAAAUAUUUUAUUACCGCAAACCGUUUGACAGUUCUCAACUACAAAAACAGUGUACAUGGCUGAUAUAUUCGCAGCUCUUAAUCAUCUCAACCAGCAGAUGCAGGGGGGUGGAGUGGUACCUGCAUUUGUACAAAUGGUGGCAUGGUAGAGCAGUUGGAAAGCGUUGACCUCACAGUGCUGAGGACACAUGUUCAAUCCCAGCCCUCCCUUUGUGGUGUUUGCAUGUUCUCCCCGUGCCUGCGUGGGUUUUCUCGGGGCACUCCGGUUUCCUCCCACAUCCCAAAAAUAUGCAACAUUAAUUGGACACACUAAACUGCCCCUAGGUGUAAUUGUUAGUGCUGCUGUCUCAAUGUGCCCUGCGAUUGGCUGGAAACCAGUUCAGGGUGUACCCUGCCUCCUGCCCAUUUGACAGCUGAGAUAGGCUCCAGCACUCCUGCAACCCUUGUGAGGAUAAGGAGCUAAGAAAAUGGAUGUAUGUACAGUGAAGAGAAUGAGUAUUUGAACACCCUGCUAUAUUGCUUAGAAAUAAUGGAGGGGUCUGAAAUUUUCAUCGUAGGUGCAUGUCCGCUGUGAGAGAAAUAAUCUAAAAAGAAAAAUCCAGAAAUCACAAUGUAUGAUUUUUUUUUUUUUAAGGAUUUAUUUCUGUGAUACAGCUGUAAAUAAAUAUUUGAACACCUGAGAAAACCAAUGUUAAUAUUUGGGACAGUAGCCUUCGUUUGCAUUUACAGGGGUCAAAUGUUUCCUGUAGUUGUUCACCAGGUUUGCACACACUGCAGGAGGGAUUUUGGCCCACUCCUCCACACAGAUCUUCUCUAGAUCAGACAGGUUUCUGGGCUGCUGCUGAGAAACACGGAGUUUCAGCUCCCUCCAAAGAUUUUCCAUUGGGUUUAGGUCUGGAGACUGGCUAGGCCACGCCAGAACCUUGAUAUGCUUCUUACAGAGCCACUCCCUGGUUUUCCUUGCUGUGUGCUUCAAGUAAUUGUCAUGUUGAAAGACCCAGCCACGACCCAUCUUCAAUGCUCCGACUGAGGGAAAGAGGUUGUUCCCCAAAAUCUUACAAUACAUGACCGCGGUCAUCCUCUCCUUUAUACACUGCAGUCAUCCUGUCCCAUGUGGGGAAAAACACCCUCAAAGCAUGAUCCUACCACCCCCAUGCUUCACACUAGGGAUGGUGUUCUUGGGAUGGAACUCAUCAUUUGUCUUCCUCCAAACACGGUUUGUGGAAUUAUGACCAAAAAGUUCCAUUUUGGUCUCAUCUGACCCCAAAACUUUCUCCCAUCACUCCUCUAUAUCAUCCAAAUGGUCAUUGGCAAACUUAAGACAGGCCUUGACAUGUGCUGACUUAAGCAGGGGAACCUUCCGUGCCAUGCAUGAUUUCAAACCAUGAUGUCUUAGUGUAUUUCCAACAGUCACCUUGGAAACGGUGGUACCAGCUCUUUUCAGGUCAUUGACCAAGUCCUGUCGUGUAGUCCUGGGCUGAUUCCUCACCUUUCUAAGGAUCAUUGAGGCCCCAUGAGGUGAUAUCUUGCAUUGGGCUCCACUUCGAUUGAGAUUGACUGUCAUGUUUAGCUUCUUCCAUUAUCUAAUGAUUGCUCCAAAAGUGGACCUUUUUUCACCAAGCAGAUUGUCAAUUUCUCCGUCACCCUUUCCAGCCAUGUGGAGUCAUACAAUUUUGUCUCUGUCUUUGGACAUCUCUUUGGUCUGGGCCAUGUUACAAGUUUGAGUCUUACUGAUUGUAUGGGGUGGACAGGUGUCUUUAUGCAGCUAACAACCUCACACAGGUGCAUCUGAUUCCACGAUAAUACCUUGAGUAGAGGUGGACUUUGAAAGGCGGACUAACAGGUCUUGAGGGUCAUAAUUCUCGCUGAUAGACAGGUGUUUUAAUACUUAUUUGGAGCUGUAGCACACAAAUAAAUCCUUAAAAAAAUAAUACAGAGUGAUUUCUGGAUUUUAAUUUUUAGAUUCUCUCUCUCACAGUGGACAUGCACCUACAAUGAACAUUUCAGAUCCUCCAUGAUUUCUUAGUGGGAGAACUUGCAAUAUAGCAGGGUGUUCGAAUACUCAUUUUCUUCACUGUACGUGUUGGUGUGUCCCUCCGCCAGGCGCGGUCCUGCUCUAGUUUCCAUACCUCUGAAAAUUGACUUUGUUCUUAAAAACGGGGACUAGCACACCUUUCCUCCAUUCUUCUGGCAUUUUCUCUCCUGCUAGUAUUCUAUUGAAUAAGUUGGUCAAAAACUCCACAGCCACCUCUCCAAAUUGCUUACAUACCUCCACUGGUAUGUCAUCAGGACCAACUGUCUUUCCAUUUUUCAUUCUGUUCAGUGCCUUUCUACCUUCCCCCUUACUAAUCAUUGCCACUUCCUGGUCAUUCACACUUGCCUCUUCAACUCUACCUUCUCUCCCAUUCUCUUCAUUCAUCAACUUCUCAAAGUACUCUUUUCAUCUACUUAGCACACUACUGGCACCAGUCAACAUAUUUCCAUCGCUAUCCUUAAUCACCUUUACUUGCUGCACAUCCUUCCAUCUCUAUCCUUCUCUCUGGCCAACCUGUAGAGAUCCUUUUCUCCCUCUUUUGUAUCCAACCUGGUGUACAUGUCAUAUGACUCUUGUUUUGCCUUCGCCCACCUCAACCUUUGCCCUACAUCGCAUCUCAAUGUAUUCCUUCCGCCUCUCCCCAGUCCUCUCCAUGUCCCACUUCUUAUUCGCUAAUCUCUUUCCUUGGAUGACUUCCUGUAUUUUAGGGUUCCAACAUCGAGUCUCCUUCUCCCCUUUCCUCCCAGAAGGCACGCCAAGUACUCUCCUGCCUACCUCUCUGAGUACCUCGGCAGUUGUAUUCCAGUCUUCCGGGAGCUCUUCCUGUCCAUCUAGAGCCUGUCUCAGCUCUUUCCGAAAGGCCGCACGACAUUCUUCCUUCCUCAACUUCCACCACCUGAUUCUCUGCUCUCCCUUUGUUUUCUUAAUCUUCCUACCCACCAGCAGAGUCAUCCUACACACCACCGUCCUAUGCUGUCGAGCCACAUUCUCUCCCACCACAACCUUACAAUCUAUGGCCUCCUUCAGAUUAUAUCAUCUGCGCAAAAUAUAAUCCACCUGCGUAUGGUUUUAUGGAUAUAUACAAAUUUUUUUUGUGCAGGGUUUUUAAUUUUCAUAAAAUGCUACAUAGUAUUAAAACAAGCAUUUUUUCAUAAGUCACUCAAAGAAUAGGAGACUUGUUUGGACCAUUAUGGUGCACCAUAAAAUAGAUUGAAAUCGACCUGUGCUUUAUCUACACAUUUUCUUUCUCAUUUUAUAAACUUUGAACCUCAUUUUUCUAUAUCAAUUACAGAUGUUGCAGGAAGCAUAUUCUGCACAAGAGGUUGACAGUAAACCAGCAGAUGCUGAAUCUCCAUCUUUGGCCCAUUCCAAAAGCAGUGUCUGCGACACUGUUUCUUGGAAGAAAACCAAAGACACCCUCAACACUGAAACCUGACUGGAUACAACACCUCCUCUAAUGUGGGCCUAGACAAAAAGGUAAGCAGAAUACCUAUUACUAUUUGUUGAAAUUCUGCAUAUUAAAUAGUGUUGGAAGGAGGAAAGUUGUGAAAGUUGGGAGUCGGUGGUUUGACGGUAGAAGAUAGAUAAGUCUGGGACUUGAACAGGAUCAGGGAUCCAAUUGAGAGAGGUCAAGGACCUUAAUGAUAAACAAGUCUGGGACUUGAAAAGGAUCAGGGAUCCGUAAAGGGAAGUCCGGGACCUCAGUGAAUAAAGGCAUAGUGACGACUGUUUCGAUAAAUACAAGGUGUGAAGAGAAAAUUCUUGAGGGGAGUUUUAGUUGUCUAAAGUGGUGCGUAUAGCCCCUUCUGUGAGAGAUCAGAUUGGACAAACGAGGUUGAAAAGAGCGGGUUGUCAGUAUGACUGAUGAAAUGAAUGAUGGGAGUGAGAGGAAUGAAUUGAUUGAGGAUAUGUAUGUGAAGUUGGAAGCGCAAAUUGUGAGUGGCAUUGAGAAAAAACAAAUUAAGAAGGCGAGAAUGAGACACAGGAAAGUUUUUUUCCAAGUAACAAAGUCACCAAUUGUUUAGAGGCUUUGCAACAGGGUUGAACAUGGAAAGGCUGGCGAGAGAGUUACAAAAGAAGGAUGUAGCGGCAAUGAGAGAAAGAGUGUUUGGAAGAUGAACAGGUGAGUGCAGGGUGGCGUCAGUGAAAGUUGUUAAGAGAAAGAGUGGCAGAAAAAGAACAAGAAAGGAGGUCAUUACACAAUUUGGCUACAGCAGCCACGGCUUUGGCAGCAGUGGAGGAGGUUAAGAGAAAGAGAAAGCAAAAAAAGGGAGAAUAUGAGUACAAAGGGAUUUACCCAUCCUUGCCGGCUGCUAAACAGCCCACGGCACCCAACUCACAUGAAAUAUUUGAACCACCCCCGUAUGUGGAAAAAGGUAUUAUGGCUCCUCUGGCGACUCUGGGUGGACGAAUGGUGAUGGAUAUAGAAGGAGAAGGGGAGAGAGUUGAUCCGGGGAUAGUCCAGCUGAUUUCAGAAGCAAUGAACAGAGAAAAGAAGAGAGGAAUACACGUCUGAGUUGAUGACGUCAACCUCACCGACGCGGAAGGCAGACACAGAUGAGGAAGAGCGCAAGAGAGUGAGACAAGAGAAUGAACAGCGGAAGCAAAUUGUUGAGAGGGAGAAAGAGACGCGCGAAAGAGGCAGCGAUGUUGACAAAAGUGAAUGAACAGGUAAUACAGCGGGGAAAGGAGAAAGGACAGGGGAGGUUUAGAGACAGUAGUGGGAGUAGUGAAGGAGAGGAUGAAAGUGAGGUAGGUCAGCAGAGUAGAAUGGUGAGGCUUGUAAAUCAGGAUGUGAGAAGAAAAGUGAGAGAAGAAGGAAAAGAACAGGCACCGUAUGCGUUGAGAGAAAGGCAGGAGAAGAAAGGAAGAGGGGGGUCAAUGUACCCCAUGGUGAUUACUAGAGAGGGACAGCAGUAUGAACCAAUGGUGUUGCGAGAUGUCACAGCAAUGAUUGAUAAAAUGCCUCCCUUGCAUAGGGGAGGAAAGGUGUGGUUGAGCAAAUUUUUGGCAUUGAGUGGGCAAAGUUGUACUUUGGGUGAUUUGAGACAAAUACUGGCAGGAUGGUGCUCUCUGGUGCAGCUGCAGGCAAUUGAGGAGGCGGCAGGCACGGCUGAUUUGGGGAGAGAGACACCUCUCCCACGUGUGGCGGGGCAAUUGUUUGAGCAGAUAAAAAUCACAUUUCCACAACCCACUGAUUUGGCACCAACUAUGUUUCCGUGCGACAUUAAAAUGUCACCAGCUCAACAUUAUGUAACGUGUGUCGAAAGUUGGAUUGAGGCAACAGGUCGACAUCCAGCCCUCUCACCCGAGGCGGAUGUCCUGUUCCGGAUGGCGAUCGUUGAUGAACUUCCGCAGGAGGUGAAGCAGCUGAUGUCAGAUCCGGAUAUACUGGUAUGUGCGGAGGCGCGGUUCAAACGUCAUCUGUUUCACCACUGGAGAGUGUUUUGUGAGACCCAGGUUAAAGUAGACAGUGAGGCUGAGGCCCUAUCCAAACAAUUGAUAAAAUUACAAUUGGCUAAGAUGCACGGGGAAGCAAAACAAAGCAAAGUACAGAAAAGAGAGAUGCAAAUGGUGCAGGGGCGUGGACGACCAGUGUUCCGGGGUGGACUUCGGGGAAGAGGAAGGAGCAUGCCGGGUCUCAUGAUGAGACCACAGUACCAACAGCAAUUGAGUGGCGCCUCCUUCAUCUGUGGAGCACCAGACCACUGGGCCAGAGAGCGUCCUCAACAGCAACAACAAGGCGGGAGGCCACCACAAGGACCAGGAGGUCCGCCACAAGGUCAAAGAGGAAGACCAGUGUCGGAAGGACCACCGCCCGCUGGACGUCCCUGGACGCAACAACAACAUGGAGUUUCCAAUUGGACGGCGUGUGAAGUUCUAGCCAGAACCCUAAACGGUCCUUUCCAGCGAGGUUCAGUCCACUUCCGGGAAAGCACCCGGAGGUAGACGUACGGAGUGAUGUCCGACUCCGGUGAUGCUGAUGACGAAUCUCCAACCGCCUUGUCUGCGACCUGCGCAGACACACUGGAUACAAGUGAAUGAAGAUACGCCUCCGGCCAGCGUGAGUAAGAAUCCACAAUGACCAGAAGGAACCGCUUCCCGUUGACCCUGUCAAUCAUGUCCGUGAAGUCAAUUACAAUUUCUGCUCCAGGCCAGGCCACAGGUAUCCUUGGCGCUCUCUCAUUGGUCUCCUUUGGUCCGCCGGAUAUUGGCCCGACUCCUCCCCUGCAGACUCGCGUGCUGGCUCCUCCUGGUGGUGGUUUCCUGACAGUAGUUUUUCCACCAACUGCCUCUGAAUCCUC